GGGAGGGGGAGGGGGGAAACGAGUGUGGAGGGAGACCAGGAAAUGAUAGCAGCAAUACACGUGUGGUCUGGAGACUCCAUCUUGGUCGUUUUUAUCGUCAGAUCUGAUGGCUGGCUGGCUGGCUGGCUGGCUGGCGGGCCGACUACCUGCGGACCGAUUACCUACGGUACCUACUUGCCUAGGUACUCUACUGGCAGGCUGCUGGCCGUCCGCAUCAAAAACAUGGCUAGUAGCCAGAGUAGAGUGGCAGCCGCCAGUAGACGGGCAGCAGUCCUGUAUGUACUCCAGAUACCGCACACGGCUAAUGGGGAUUAAGGAAUCGAUUCGAAGGUGUUGGCCGCAUAAAACCUGUGUGUCUUCCGAUCAGCAGCACGCACGCCCAAAAAAGAACCGAACAAUCGACAGACCGAUAUAGCCUAGAUGCCAAGGGCUGCUCUAGUGAGGCCGAAUCAUCCUAGUGCUGCUACUGCCAUCACGCUUGGAGGGCCGGGAGGAGAGUACUCUAGAGCAGAGUGGUUACCGUGGAGUGGGGAGAGAGUUGGUUAGGU